GAAUCCUCUGAGAACUGACAGGCAUCUCACCCAGCAUUUUGAGACAUCAACAGACCUGGGCCACUCAUUUAAGACAAAUUGAGUGUUGACAAAGCGCCAAAAUGAGCACAGAUGCAGAGAUGGAGCAGUAUGGCCCUGCGUCCAUAUUUCUCCGCAAGCCAGAGAGAGAAAGAAUUGAGGCUCAAAACACCCCAUUUGAUGCCAAAACUGCCUACUUUGUUGUUGAUGCUGACGACAUGUAUGUCAAGUGUAAACUCGUCAAGAAAGACGGUGGCAAAGCCACUGUUGAGACAACUACAGGAAAGUCUGUCACUGUGAAAGAGGAUGACAUUCAUCCCAUGAAUCCACCAAAGUUUGACAAGAUUGAGGACAUGGCCAUGAUGACCCACCUCAAUGAACCUUGUGUGUUGUUUAACCUCAAAGAUCGUUUUGCAUCAUGGAUGAUCUACACUUACUCGGGCUUGUUCUGCGUCGUCGUGAACCCAUACAAGUGGCUUCCAGUGUACGAUGCUCAAGUUGUUGGGGCAUACAGAGGCAAAAAGAGGAUUGAGGCUCCCCCCCACAUCUUCUCUGUCUCUGACAAUGCCUAUCAGUUCAUGCUCACUGAUCGUGAAAACCAGUCAAUCCUUAUCACUGGAGAAUCCGGUGCUGGAAAGACUGUAAACACCAAGCGUGUUAUUCAGUACUUUGCAACAAUUGCAAUGACUGGAUCAAAGAAGGCAGAGACAUCUGGAAAGAUACAGGGUUCACUGGAAGAUCAAAUCAUUGCAGCCAACCCUUUGCUGGAGGCCUACGGUAAUGCCAAAACUGUGAGAAAUGACAACUCUUCUCGUUUUGGUAAAUUCAUCAGAAUUCAUUUUGGAACAAGUGGUAAACUGGCCUCUGCAGAUAUUGAAACAUAUCUGCUGGAGAAGUCCCGUGUCACCUUCCAGCUGUCUGCUGAGAGGAGCUACCAUAUCUUCUAUCAGCUGAUGACAGGCCACAAGCCUGAGCUUCUGGAGGCUCUGCUGAUCACCACAAACCCUUAUGAUUAUCACAUGAUUAGUCAGGGUGAGGUGACCGUAAAGAGCAUCAAUGAUGUGGAGGAGUUCAUUGCAACAGAUACUGCAAUUGACAUCUUGGGUUUCACUGCUGAUGAGAAAAUCAACAUCUACAAA